GUCGCGCAAUUCGUUCGCUCCGUGCCGCUCCUUUCCAUUUUCGACACGCACCGCAGCAGCAGUAGCAGCAGCAGCAACGACAAUAGCAGCAACGACAACUACAGCAACAACCACAGCAGCAGAUCCAUCGUCGUCGUUUCGUCCGUCUCGGUCGCAAUGGACGGCUCUUCUACUAUCAACGGAAACUCCCGUCCCUUGGUGGGAAGCUAUGUCGACAACAACGACGUGAACGGUUGGAACAACCACCAGCAGCAACAGCAGCAGCAGCAGCAUCACCAGGAACCUUCGUACCAGACUCAGCCCAUCGGCAUCAAGACUGAGCAAUUGUCGGCCGUUCCUACCUACGAGGCUUACGUCGCUGUCACCUCCGCUGGUCCCGCCGACAUGGAGGUUAAACCGGGCUUACUUGAUCCAACACCCCCCACCGAUCUCACGGAGAUGCAACGCUUAUCGCAGGAGUACCAGCCAGAUGUAACGGGUCCGCUAGUCGGAGAGCUCAAGUCGAGCAAAGCCCUUGCAAUCGAAUACGCGGAUGCGGAUCCCACCUACAUCAGAAAGACUUCGAGCCUUGCCCUAAAAUACGAUUCCUAUCGUACCGUGCGCGGUGAUGGAAACUGUGGAUGGAGAGCUCUCGCUUUCGGCUUCUUCGAGCUGUUGUUGAGGAAUGGCGACCAGAAUUCUCUUGGAAUGGAGCAUGCCCGGAUUGCGUCGUUGAGUGGCCUGAUGGAGUCUGUUGGCUUCCAAUCGUACAUCUACGAGGAUUUCGCUGAAGCUACCUUCUCCCUGUUCACUACCUUGAACUCCGGCAAUAUCAGCCCAUCGGACGACGCCCCGCUAGUCAGCACCUUCAAUGAUCCUAGCAUCUCGGACUCCAUCGUGACACACUUCAAGUUCUUGACGAGCGCUUGGAUGAAGAGUAGUCCCGAACACUAUCAGCCGUUCUUGAGUGUGCCGGUCAGGGAACACUGCGAGUCCCAGAUAGAACCGUAUGGCGUAGAGAUUGACCAUGUCGGCCUGAUGGCCCUGAUUGAUUGUUUGAUUCUGCCUGCAGGCAUGGCAGUUGAGAUCAUCUAUCUCGACCGGAGCGCUGGAGACGAGGUGAACGUGCACCGCUUCGAGAAGCUCGAGGGCGAGGGAAUCUUGACCGCCCCCGAUGCGCCAGUGUUGAGACUCUUGUACCGACCUGGCCACUACGACAUCGUGUACAAAGCGGAAGACUUGCCAGUGCCGGUGCCCUCGUUCCCGGUCGCACCAUCCCAGCCCGUGCAGGUUUCGUUCCUCCACACCUUGCCGGACCAGAUCUUCCAGGCCACGCCUGCUGCUGGGGGCUUUCCAAGCUUCUUCUCGCCGCCGUUCGGACUGGAUCUCGGUGGACCGCCAUCCUUCGACCACUCGAUCCAGCCACUUCCGAGUCCGGACCCAGGAAACUUCCGCCAGUCGAUGCUGUCGAUUCCCGAGUUCCAGCCCUCACCGUUCCAGCCGCUGCCGUUCCAGACGACCACGUUCAGGAACUCACCGUUCAACCCAAGUCACUUCCAAAGUGAAAACUUUCAGCCGGAAAUCUACCAGCCGCCAACGUCGCCAACCCACUCCAGGAAACAUGACAAGCACUCUUCGGAUUCCUCGAUAUAAACAUGACGGUUGGUGCGCCCGGAAUGUUAAUGGUUGACUGGAAGUAAAUAGAUACAGGUGGUCGGAGGCGACUCGGGGAAG